AUGGCACAAUACCCUGAAUACCAGGACAAGCUAUAUGAAGAGAUCACCUCAGUUGUUGGACCUGAUGAUGACGUCACCACAGAUCAUAUCCACCAGAUGAUCUACCUUGACCAAUGCUUCCAGGAGAGCCUUCGUAGAUUCUCCAUUGUCCCAUUAAUCAUAAGGAAAACAACUGAAGAAAUCAAACUGAGUGAUUGCACUGUUCCAGCCAAUCAAAGCAUUUUUUUGUCACUCUACGGAGUACACAUGAAUCCCAAGAUGUUCCCUAACCCCGAACGGUUCGAUCCUGAUCGUUACUCGCCAGAAAACGUCGCAUCAAGAGGCAAACAUGUCAACGUAGCAUUCAGUGGAGGACCAAGGGACUGCAUAGGCAAGCAGUACGCAUCGCUUUUCAUCAAGGUCUUGGUAGUACAAAUUCUGAGAAAAUACAAAUUAACGCCUGUAGUGGAUGUACACAAGUUGCGAGUGAAACUAACCGUUGUUUUGACCAGCGUGGAGGGAUACUUCGUGGAGAUGACGCCUCGCCAUUAA